ACUUCCCACGAAUACCCCCGGUCAAUAUGGAUGGACUGCUAAAGCGUAAAAUUGUAUAACUAGGGUGUGCAGGAACAAAUGUAUAAGUGACCUAGACUUUUCAUUCAAGCCUCCAUGAAUAACUUAAAUGACCCCCCCAGAUGGAACAUCCAACCAGACCCCAGAGGAAGGGGGGCGGGGGCUGGUGAUGGCAACCAAUGGAACUACGCCCUGCUGGUCCCCAUGCUGGGGCUGGCUGCGUUUCGUUGGAUCUGGACCAGGGAGUCUCAGAGGGAGAUCCAGCAGGUCAAAGCCAAGUAUGACAAGGAUAUUUCCAUAAAAAAAAGCGAGAUGGAGGCAAAGUACAGAGAGACACUGACUGAAAGGCACAGGGCAGCGGCUACAUUAGAGCUGGAGCUGGAGAAGGAGAGACAGAGGGUCAAAGGCUACAAGCAGGCCCUGGUCUCACAGAGCCAUCAGCUGAUGGAAGAAAGGAAACAGUUGCAUCAGGAGCGUGAGGCCUUGGAGGAGGAGAAGCAAAGGCUGGUAAAGACUGGCGCUGCAGGGGCUGUGCUGCAUCACGCCCUGGAACGAGAGAACAACUGGUACCAGCGAGCCACCGCUACUCUGAAGGAGCUAGAGGCUCAGCUUGUGGAGCGCCAGAAUGCCUACUGUUCCCUCAUCCAACCUCGUGAUCAGCGGUUGGAGAUGGAGAAGAACAUGCUGCUUAAGGUCGUCAAAGACCCCAUCGGGGCGGAACUGAAUCUAGAGUCCGAUCUGAAGGAUAUUUUUAAGAGAGAUAAGCACUGUGCGGACCUGCUAAACAUGGACAAGAGGAAGAACGGCAGCCUCAUGUGGGUGUACCUCAAGUACUGGCAGCUGCAGGUCACCGUCCAGAAACACAAGAGGGCAGAAGAGGCAAUAUUAGGAGGGAACUUGCACUCUCACACAAAGUGACAAACACAAGCUGGUGUUUUUCACUUGACUUUGAAGAAUGUUGAAAGUAUGUGGAUCAGGGAUGGAAAAUGCAUGUAUUUUUCACUCUGUGUAAUUAUCUUUACUUGACAGGGAUGUUAUGGAAACACACAACAACAAGAUCAUGUUCAACAUCUGAAAGUUCCUCCCUUGAUCUCAGAGUUUUGAAGAAGAAAAAAAUAUUUUGUCAGGUUUUGAGCAUGCUGAAAUACAUCAUCACCAUAACUUCCCCAACUAUGACUCAUUAGCUUUAAAUUAGCUGCAUAAAAAAUGUAUAAUGAUAAAAAUGCACUAGGAUCAUUCAGUUGAUAUCCAUAUUGGAUACAUAACUGAUUUAAAUACUUAGAGAUGUAUUUUUUUAUAAGUUAGCCCCUUGGAAAAUGUUGUCAGAAUACUUGUGUCAAUUUAAGUCACAUUCUCUGAGUGCCAUGAAUUACUGCUUGGAGUGUAUAUUGUAUGUCUGGAAUUUUUUGUUUCUCCACCUCAAGUAUGAAUUUAGGGUUCCCAUUAACUGUUCUCAGUGUGAUGUGAUAAUACACAUCUAUUUGUUGCUGUAAGUGUCUUCAGGAAAAAAAUCGAACAAAGCAGCCAGGAAUCAUAAACACAUUAAGAAUAUUUUUGUAACAUUAUGUUUACGGGAAAGUCAUUGAAGUCUCUGGAGUGUGUUGAUACCAAGCAUAAAUAUGCUGAUGAACUAUUGUAGGAAAUAUUUAUCAUGAUAUACAUGGGAUUUAAUUUGUUUUUAACAGCACUCCUGUCCAUAACUUGGAGUUCCCUUCAAUGUAUGUCAUCUCUCUUUACAUUCUGACGUGUGUUGCCAUUUAGGAUACAUGGCCUGAAGCCAAUAGAGUUGUGUGUCUGAAAACUGGUUUUAAAUUUCUCGUCUUCAGGUUUGUGGGAGCUUUUUAACUAUCAGGGAGACAGGACACUGAAGGUGCAUGUGAAUCUAAAAAGGGGAUAGAGCACAAAGUAGUGCUCAGUCGUGCAACACUAUAUCACAAUACUGCAACAAAAAUAGUCAAAUAGCACCCUUUACGUCACACUUCACCCCUGCAAUGAAAUGAUUAACUAGAGUUGUAGCAUUUGUUAAGGGUUGCCAGGCCUUUCUAUGCUGUUAUGGUUUUUUUUGGACCAUUACUUGAUGUAAUGAUUAAGUGCUGGAUAUGAUGCCAUAAACUGAAAUGUACUGACUCUAACCACUCUGUGAAAUCCUCCUAAUAAAUUCCUGGUUUAAGAACCAAGCAGA